AUGUCGGGAGGUGGAAAGGAUCGAAUUUCUGUCUUCCCAUCGCGCAUGGCGCAAACCUUGAUGAAAGCGCGUCUGAAAGGAGCUCAAAAAGGACACUCGCUUCUCAAGAAGAAAUCCGACGCUCUCAACAUGCGUUUUCGUGAUAUUCUCAGGAAGAUUGUUGAGAACAAAGUUUUGAUGGGUGAAGUCAUGAAAGAGGCUGCUUUUUCGCUAGCCGAAGCCAAAUUCACGGCCGGUGAUUUCUCGCACACAGUCAUCCAGAAUGUUUCCACUGCUCAAUACCGAGUCCGCAUGAAGAAAGAAAACGUUGUCGGAGUAUUUCUGCCGGUGUUUGACGCAUACAAGGACGGCCCAGAUGCCUAUGAUUUGACAGGUCUUGGAAAAGGAGGUGCAAACAUUGCUCGCCUGAAGGCUAACUACUCAAAGGCAGUCGAAUUGCUGGUUGAGUUGGCCACACUGCAAACAUGCUUUAUCACUCUCGACGAGGCUAUCAAAGUCACGAAUAGGAGAGUUAACGCCAUCGAACACGUCAUUAUCCCUCGAAUUGAAAAUACAUUGACCUACAUCGUCACCGAAUUGGACGAAAUGGAACGUGAGGAGUUCUUCAGAAUGAAAAAGAUCCAAGCCAACAAGAAAAAACAAAGAGAAGCUGAAGCUGUCGAAAAAGCAAAGGCCGGCGUAGAAACAGAAGGAGUUGAGAGAUCGGCUGCUCAAGCGAAAAACCUCCUGCAACAAGAAGACAACUUGCCCGUACUAUUC